AUGAUGUAUGCGGACCGAAUCCAAGUGGCCUGCUACGGGGACAAGAAAAUCCCCAGCAAGCUCAAGUACUUUUUCAAAGAAGACCUGUACGAAUUAUCAGACGUGAAGCUGGACGAGCGAAUCAACCUGCUGCGAAUACAUCUGAAGUAUGUGUUCUAUGACAACCCCUUAUCUGAGUACUUCAAAAAUGAAGGAAACCUGCUAUCGGAAAAGUCCCUAAUUUAUAUUUAUUUCCUAUGCCUUAACAAUUUGGAAGAGUACAGAAAUGAAAAGGAGUAUAUUUUAAACCGGUACAAAGACUCAGGAAAUGACGAAAAUGACGAAUGCAUAAUUAUUUAUGCUUACAAUUUGGAGGACAACGUAAACGAAAUUAAAAAUAUUAAAAAAAUUAAGUCAGACUUUAAUCAUAACAAUUAUAAAAGCAUUAAAAUAUUGUCUCUACCAAUCCUCCAAAAUGAAGAAUACGAAGAGGCGAAUAACAAAAUGAAAGAAUUGUAUGAACACUUUAAAAUAAGGUACAUGGAUCAUUUAAAAAUAUGUAUAGAAAAAAAAUACCACAUGAUAAGGAGUGGCUACACAAAAAGCAUGACGAACUUUUUAAAUUUCGUAGAUCAUAGUAAAAAGUCGGUCGGAGGAGAGAAAAAAAAAAAUAUAAAUUUACAAAAAAGUAAAUUUCAUUUGACUGAUUUUACGUAUCAAGUACAAAACGGACAAGAAGAAAAUCAAAUUCUUCAGUUUAUUAAUUUUUAUAAAAAACAUAACGUCUUCUUAUUCUGUAACCAAUUUGUAAAUAUCAAUUUCUUUUUAAAAAAACACGACCUGUUCUCAUACAUGAAUGAAAUAGAAUUUGUAACAGAUUAUGAUGAAGACGUGUACAUAGAAUUGUAUGACCAUUUUCUACUCCUCUUCAUAUGGUGUGAAAAUCUCUGUCUACUUUUUUGUAAAUUAAACCUUUUUAAAAAAAGUUACGUCCUCUACAGCACCAUGGCAACAUUGUUCAUCAAACAUUUAAACGUGUUUGUAAAAAAAAAGAAAUGCUUCAUCCAUUCGUCCAUUCUGUUCGAAAAAAAUUAUCUUACCUUAGCUAGAUACAUAAGGGAAAGGAACAUAUGCUCUAUGCACUUAUUGGAAUAUAUUUUUUUUAAAAAAUUUUCACUUCUUCUUUUUUUAAAUAAAUUUUCCUACAUUUCCAGUAAGGCUUUAAAAUUUGCCCAGUUUUUUUACACCAAUAAAAUUUUUAUCUUUAUGCAUAAUUUCAGCCGAUUUAAAAACAGCGUCAUCCGGAAUUGCACUCAGAUCAACUACUUGAAGAAUAUCCAGAGGAAAGUCACAAAGUAUCGCCGCCGAGACCUCCUAGCGCGCACAGCGGCUAAGGUCCCUACCCCGGGGGGAGUUCAGCGAGGGGAAAGACAAAGGAGUGCGCAACGUGAUUUAGUGGAGAAUGACAAUCCCAAGAGUGACCACAACACCUCGCUGGAGCACGCGCAGCGGGAUGCUACUCCUAGGGAACACUCCCCCGUCCUCCAUAAAAACAUGAGCAAGCACAAAAAAAGCCUCAUAAGUGAGUUCAAGGAGGUGUUCAGAAAAAGCGUAGGCAACGUGGAUACCGUGGGUAGAGCAGGGGGGAGCGGCGACGGCGUGUGUGAGCAAAUGGACCAAGGGGUGCUUGGGCCAGACGAAGAUCACCUACAAGACAACUGCCUAAAGGAGGACUCUCUAAAAGAGGACAACAUGCAGCAUGGCGGCAUGUUGGAUGAUGGCCUGUUGGAUGACGACAACUUCGUGAGCGAAAGCCCCACGAAGACAGCCUCCAACGACCUGUCGUGCACGCGUGCUGAUCACAGCAGUCGUGCAGACCAUUGGGGGGAAUUCCCAGAUGACCAAGACAAAAUCACAUUCCUUCUCAAGUGCUGCUUCAUGAAUAAGGAAAGUUACUUCGCCGUUUACUUUUACAACUUGGCUAAUCUCAUCAAGUUCCUCUUUGAGCGAAGGAGCUCCUUUUACCAGGAGGAGCAGAAAAAAAAUAAAAGUGAUAAAAGUGUGAAGAAACACCAUACGAAUAUUAGCAAGUACCUAUCGCUGCAAAAAAAUAUUAUGAAAUUGGGAUAUAAGAAAAAUUUUUCCAAAAAAAAAAAAUCGAAAAAAGGUUUGAAAAUUAAAACGAAAAGGAGCAAUUCAUUAAAUGACUCAUCCACAUCGCAAUUAUCUUCCACAUUAUCAGAUCCUUCAGAAGGCAAAAACAACAACUACACAUUCUAUCAACACAACGAUUUCUUCAUAAACGUUUCGAAUAUUUUUAAACUCUCAUUUGUCAUUUUAAAAAAUAUAAUAAAUAGCUACAAAACAGACAAAUUAUUCGACCAGAGAAAUGCAAAAAAAGUGUAUUUGCUCAACUUCUUCCUUCAUUACUUGGAAGAAAAACAGUUUGAAAAAAAUAUACAAAAGGAAGAAAUGCAGCAAGUGAAAAAUGAAGGAAAAAAUGUCUAUCAAGCUUUCCCAAUAUAUCAUAUAAAAUUUUUCUCAAAAAAUAACGAAAAAGAAAAAAAAAACUUACUUAUAAGCAUUAUGAAUAAAAUCACCAAUUUGUGUUAUAGAAAAUACGGAAACGUGGCCACGAUUAAUAAAUUCUUCUUGGCAAUUAUUUUAUUUGAAAACUCAAAAUAUAACAAAUCCUUGAGAAUUUUAAAAAAAAUCAUCCAAAAAUGUAACCACGAGUUUGUUAUCUUUUUCUGUAUGCAACUUAUUUCUUUGCAUAAGGUGAAUAACCAGUUUUAUCAUUUUUGCUCCUCCUUUUUUUUAUCCAACCAGUACAGCCCAAUUUGUUCUUUCAAAGAUGUUAAUAUUAAUUUUUCCAAGGGGCACCAUUAUCAGGAUUACCUUUUCUUCAGCCACGCAAAAAAUUCCCUCCUAAAAAUUGAGCACGACAAAUGUUAUGGCAACGAUUUCUUUUCUUCCCUGGGGAAGGAUAUCGUUGUGUCUUAUCGGAACGUAAUGCAACAUGUCUUGAGGUCUGUUAAUAGAAAGGGAGAAAUGCACCCAUCAACUGUGCACACACAAUUGGUCCCCGAAGGAAAAGACACGGUCCAGAGGGGACUACUCAAGGAAGGUGAACAAAUUGAUGGCCACUCCCAAAAAGACACCUCUAAACCAAUCACUACCCCCAUGGCUGUAAACAAAAAUAAAGUAAUCAAAUUUGAAAGGAAGGUGUUUUACCAGAACAACUACUACUUCGAGCCCAACGCACAAUUUCUCAAGACCCUGCGCAGGUUUAACUUCUCCGUUUCAAAAAACGAUGAAAAGGGCGAGAUGCACAUCCCUCACUCAGACGUCAAGAUAUUUGUGCAGUCCAACUAUAACCUCUACCUCUUCGCCUCCAACAUGCUCUUUGGAAACUUCGGCGAAACGGACGAAUUGGAGGAAGUGAGCAAUCCCACCCCACUGCCUCACAUCGGAACCCUGCUACGCCUAAAAAUAGAAAAGUGCGCCCAGAAACAGGGAAAGAAAGGCACAUGGAAGGCCCAACCACCCAGAGUAAAACAGCUAUGCGUGCAAUACGAUGAAAACAUCGACCUCUUCGUCUUUUCCGCCCUCUCGCAAAACCUUCUCAUUGAUAAGGUAAUGAUUGAGCUAUACGACGAAAAGGCAAAUAAAAAGUUGCACUUAAAUUUUGCGCAUAAUAAACAUGUAAUCAAAACUGGAUUAAAUAUAAUUAAGUUAAACAUAUCAAGCAUUCUUGAAUGCAAACAAAUAAAAUGGAAGAAUUUUUAUUACAAAAUUAAUUGUGUGUUCCUCCAAGUGAAUCACUUUUGCUUGUAUCAACAAAUGGGCAUACUUCCAAAUAGAAACAUAUUGACUCCCUUCUUAAAUGCCUACACCAAUUUUAUACAGUCCAAUUAUAUAUUAUUAAAGACAAACAAGUAUGCCAGCUUCUUUCUGCAACAGCUAGUUUCUCCUCUUUAUAUAAAAAUAAAAACCCUACAAUCUGUUUUAAAUUGCCAAUUGGUUGCAUCCUAUUUGAACAACACGUCUUUGGUUUAUAACAGCAAAAACUAUGUCAAGCUGAUCGUGUCCAAUUCUCACACGCAUGUCGACUCGAGGGAGGAAAACGAGUUCAUCUCCACUCACCGUGAUACCACCACACAAGUUCCCCAUGUGGAUAGUCCCACCAGAAGCAAUUUCAACCAAAUUAAAAACGUCCAUCUCUUCGUCCACAACAAAAGCCAAAAAUCCGAUCUACAACACAUGAGCGAAAAGUGCACCCUACCCGAUUCAGUAUUUUUCCUCAUCGAAGCAAAUGACCAUAUACAAAUUUCCGAGCCAAAGGUUUUAAAAUGGGAAGAUACCUGUUUUACAAAACCAGGGGACACAAGUGCAUGUCCUGUUCAAAAGGAGAAAGUUAAUAAUAACAAUAGAGGUCAUUACGACCACAAAGGGGAAAGGAACAAAGACUCCUACGCAGUUAUAUCAUUUGUACCAGUAAAGACAAAUAACCCUAACGUGGUUAUUAACAGUGAACAGUUUCAACUCAAUAUUACUAGCGAAAAGAAUUUACAUACAUGUGAUUCACCUGAUCAACCUGAGUCCUACCCAGACCAGGUAAAAAUAAAAUGCGUCAUAAAUAUAGAUUUGGAGAAAAAAAAAAGGAGAAAAAGAAAAACAGAUCUGUAUGAAUUAUCAAAUGUAAAUUAUAUUGGACAAACCCAAUUCGAUCAUUUUAUUAAUGUAGAAAAAGAAUCCUCAUCUAAUCCAACAUUUAAUAAUCAAAUAAUCAUUGACAAAACUUUUCACCUUGCUAACAUUUUUAAUGAAAAAAUUAAAACCUACAGAUCGAAAAACACCAUGUUGUAUGAAUUAAUCUUAAAGCUACAUAAAGAUAAUUAUUCUGUUUUUUUAAAAAAGUUUGACGUUUCUAUUAGGAACAAGUGUGGUGCAGGUAUAAAGGGUGCAAAAAUAUUUCUUCUCAAUGGCCACAAUGGGGGACUUGCCCCGAAUCGCUCUUUGGGCAUGAGGGAUAACAGCUCCAAUGAUAUGGCUCAACUGCAGGCGUACACGCUGCGGGCGAAAAGACCGGACCCAAAGGGGACACAACAGGAGAAGCAGUCACUGGAGUCGGUGGAAGUUGACGUCCUGCAAGUGAACGGGCAAGUGAAAAAUGACGUGAAGGAGGAGAUUAACGCAGGGACGAACCACACGACUGACUUAGGCACAACCGGUGCGAUUGGUGAAGGGGGGAAGGACGCCCUACCUCCGGGCAUAGACACCCCGAAUGAGUCCGACGCCAGCAACGUCAACCUGUGGAGCGCAAACCACAUGCAGGAAUCUGGCGCAAGCAGCUUGAGUUUGCUCAGUGCGAAUGAUCUGAACGAGGACGGGGGAGGAAAGAGAAACCCAAGCAACGAGGUCAACUACAUUCAUGACGAAAUUGACAUCAACAGUUAUAUACACGGAGGGAUGAGUGUGUUCUUCCUUUUCGAGGUGACCUACGGCGAAGCGAAGAAAAGUGCCGUUCAUCAUGAUGGUACUAAUGAGUCUGAUAAUGACCACAGUGGCACAAAUAUGUUAAUCCACGACAGCAUGACCACAGGAACCCUUUGUGUCACAUACGAAUAUCGUAGCCUUUUCAGCAUAAAGCCAUUCGAAAGGAACCCAAAGGAAUACAUUUACACCCUCGAUGUGCCCAUCCCCCCAUGCCUCCUCCCAAUUAAUGUGAACUAUGAGAUACCAAAGUAUGGAACGCUACACACGUCGCUCAAUAUCAAAGUUGUCUUGUGCAAUAAUAUGCGGGAGGAUAUUUAUAUGAAAUAUUUUGUAUACCUAGAGGGGAAAAAGAAAAGUGUUAACUGUGAAGGUGAUGAUGAAUACAAUUGGCUAAUAAAUGGAUUUAAAAAGAAGGUCCUCUUUUUGCCAAAAAAUUCCUCACAUGUCAUUAAUUUGAUUAUCCUUCCUUUAAAAAUCGGCUUAAUUAACUUCCCCCCAAUUUUAUAUUACGUAAAAUUAAAUGACAGGUGGGUUGAGGUAACUGAAGUUUUGAACAAGAGCGAAAACUUUCAGCUUAUCAUUUCGCCCUCCUUGCAAUUUAGCCCUAAGGUGUGGCAGUUGGCAUAA